UUCCGCAAGCUCUGUUUACGGACUAUUGAACUUUUAAGUGACACUCUUGUUUGAAUUCAAUACAUCCACGUGUUUAACAAACAUAAUUUUGAGUGAUAAACCUUUAACUUCUGACUAAAUAAUGCAUUUAUGGAAAAUAUUAAUAAUGGAUAACAAGAUCGUGCAUUUAAUAGCGCUGAAAACGAACAAAUAUAAGAUGACCGAUGAAUGCUUCAAGAUUUACAGUGAUUAACUAUCGUCUCAUAAGAUUGCUGCCAGCGACAUGUAGACACUGUAAAUACACAAGAUAACAGGAGAAAUGAGUUGCUUAAGACAAACAUUAAUCAACGAAAGUAAACCUGUCGAAACCUAUGGAUAUCUAAAUCCUAAAUACACAAAUAUAUGAACACAUACGAUAAAAAACAAAGAGGUAAAUUUGACAGGAAACUUUCAUUUUAUAUCAACGUGUCAAGUUUGUGUCCCAAGUGUUCUGUGCGUUUCAAGGAUUUACAGCUCUUACUGGAAUGUUUCGGUCCAAGGAGUUUACUUUACAAUUUGAGUCAAUUGAUUUAAAGAUUCUUUAGGGAAUUUAGUUUCUGCAUAUUUUCGGAAUUGUUUGCGUUCAUUCCAAGGGAUAUAGGUUCGAUCGUUUGAGGAAUAUAGCUCUGUGCAUUGAGAUAAUACUUGGCCAAACAUUUCAACGAUUUUAAAAACUUAAGAUUCGGUGCUCACUUCGAUAUGGCGUUCAUGGUGACCUAUCACUCCUUGUCAAAAAAUAACAUCAGAAAUUUGUACAGUGGUCUACCGGAGGAAAUUAAUCUGCGCGUAUCGACUGCUCCAAGCCUCUUGACUCCUCAACAGCGCAUCCACGAGAAAUAUCGCUGCCGCAGCCCGGAACAACGCUUCCUGCGGGAACGUUACCUCGAGUAUGACUCGGAAAACCACAUCCGGGUUCCGCGGGCACCCGCUUUUCGUCAGAUGCCGCGCUCCGAAGUCGACAAGAUGGUGAUACGCCUGUGUGAGCCUACAGUUAGCAAGCGCCGAAGGGCGUCGGACAUUUGUGAAAGGGAAGUUAAGCGGUCAUUUAUCGAGAAGUGCCGGAAAUGCCGAGCGUUUUCCGCCCGUCCUUCGGUCAACAGGGAACAGGCAGAUCAGAUAACUGCCCGACUUCUCGUGCCGACCAUGUCUGCAAGUGUCCGACGGAGCGCAAGUUCGUUGAGGGGAGAAACGGGCUCUGAGGGGAAACUUUCCUGUGAUAAAUGUGCGCUUGGGCCGUCGGGUAGAUUCGCCAGAGAUUUCCAUAUUUAUAAUGUUUAGAGAAGGAUAAUAAAGCUUUUAGUGUUUGACAUUUCAUUGAUAAGUAAAGUAUAUAUUUAAGUAAUUUAUUUCGCUGGCUAAAACGUAUAUAAAUAGUCAUAUAUUUAUUCAUAGACAACUGAAUAUCGAUACCACUGCCUUUGUAUGUACUGCAUUUCAGAAGUUAAGGUAAUACAUCCAUUAUUAAUACAAUUAAUUGCUACGGGUUAAGUUUCGUUUUAAAAUAACAAAAUGUUAAAUUGGAUUGUUUUUAAAGUAUUGACUUACAGCGUUUUUUUAUACAGGCAUAAUGUUAUUUAAUAAACAAAUACAUGAAAUUGCUAUAAAAUCAUAGAAAAAAGGCUUUAUUACCUCCAUAUUAAAAUCAUAUAAUAAUAGAAGCGUCACUUGUAAAACUAGUCAAUAUAAAGAAAUAAUCUCGAUGUCAAUUUCUAAAAUACACUUACACACAUUUGCAUACUAAUGAUGGAUUGCUUACCUUAAUAUACAUAUUAGUUUAUAAAUUCUUUACAAAAGGA